AUGAUCUUCACUACACUACUUACUUUAAUCUCCGCUGCGGCCGCAUCGCCCGUGGGCAUGAGCGAUGCUCGAGCCACUACAGCAAAGGCCUUCCGCCUUGUUGUCCGCGUUACUGACAAGUCCCAUGAAUUCUCGUCGUCGAUUGAAGGUAACUAUCUCGACAACAUCCACGUCGGAGCCGACCAGUCUAUCAUCGGUGUCCGUCCUGGAGACCAAGACACUCGAGUCUUCUACAUCAACGGCACCAAGGCCGAAGCAAAAAUAGGCGAUUCCACUAUUGUUUCUGACACUGGCCACCCAGCCGUGCCCUGGGGCUUGCUGCUCACAAAGACUGAUUUGGGAGAUGACGAUGCUUCCGUUGAACAGAAUGCCGGCGCAGGCACCAAAGGUCUGGCCAUUGCCAACACACCAACACAGCUGCGUCUUGGCCCUGGCCAAUAUGCCGUCUGCAACGAAGUUAUUCCUUACUACCGGGCCAACUAUCUAGUUCUCAAGCACUUCGAUGACUCGACAAAGCUCUCGGCUGACUGCGCUGCGGUAAGCGUCAUUCCAGAAUGCGCCGAGCUUGCUCCUCUCGCCAAAGAUGCCAUCUCAACACACAAGUUUGUUCAGGAGGCAGCAUGCUAUGCACGAGCAUAG